AUGUUCUCAAGAAUAUUUAAAUGUGUAUCAUUACCGGGAAAUAAUUUUAUACAACUGGUUAAUAAUACACAAAUAAGUCAUAUAAUAAGUAACAAAGGCAUUAGAUUUCAUGGUAUACUUAAAAAUGUUGAUAAAUUAAGUUUAUUAGUCAAUAAGUAUGAAGGUGUGGACAAUUUGUCAUCUUCAAAGAAAUUAGUCACAUUAAGACUAGUAUAUUCAAGUUUAAAUAAUAAGUAUAAUAAUAAAAAUGGACUAUUAACCAAUAAAGAGAGGAAAUCAGACUAUUAUUAUUCCAUUUUAAAUGAUAUAUUGGCAUCAUUGAAUAGGAGUAAGGAUUUAAAUUUUAAAAUAAAGGAGUCAUUAGUAUCAGUGCUUAUCAGUAUCGCAAAAGUUAGCAACAACGUAGAGAUAAAAGGUAAAAUAAAUGAGUUUAUACAAGGCUUGAUUUUAUCAUCAAGUGAACAGGAAAUUGUAAAGCUAUUAAAGCAGUGUAUAAAAAGUAAAUACAAAGUAAAAAGUACAAAACUGAUAUAUAGAAUAAGAGACUCAAAAAAUAUAGAGUCAGAAGUUUGUUUUAACCUGUAUUGGUGUCUAAGUACACUGGGCGCAGAGUUUAGUAAGUUGACUGGGCUGUUAGAAAAGAUAAUUUCACACGUCGAAAGCACAAGCAUAGUAAACAAUCUUAAGCUAUUGAACUCACUACACAGCUUAUUCUGUAAAGUGAACCCAGAAGGAGUUAAAAACAACGUAAUACUGUCAAGUCACAAGAACAGUAACGAGGAGGCCAGUACCAUGGUAAAUCAGCAGUCGCUACUGGACAAGAUAAACAUAUAUCGCAGCAGCAAUUGUGGUCACUAUGAUCACGAAUUAAGUAAAGACGGUGAACAGAAAUUGUUAAAUGAGACAAUAGAGUACGUGAAAAGAUGCUUGUUGAGUAAAACAGAAGAAUUUGAUAACUCCAGGGCCAUCAUCAAUUUUAUAUACUAUAUAACCUCCACGAUCAACAAUUUCACAAUAUGUAACUAUACUCAGCUGUUGGAAAGGAUGCUAAGGAUAAUAAGUGAUAGGAGUGGCGUUGCCAUCGAGGGACUGAUACAGCUGGUUUGGUCGCUUCAGAACAACAAUGUUUACACACCUAAGUUAUUACAAAUGCUGAUUUCAGAGUUCGAUGACAUGUUGGAGGCGUCGAUUGGCACGGGAGACGACGGUAAAGGAUUUAGAAGACUAAACACAAGACAGAUAUCGCUAUUCUUGUACAAUUUGGCGUACUUUAACAUGUUGAAUGCUGAUUUAUCAAUGAAAUCACUGAGUUAUCUAAAGGAUUACGCCAGUAAACACACCAACAGGAAUGUGAGUGAGGACGUACUAAAUCAAGUAAACAUACUGUGGGCAAUAUGCAUAUCAAAUGUAAACAGCCUCAAGGGAAUCUACAAAGACGUAGUUCAAUGUUUAAAUACAAUAAAUUGGGAUUUGUUCGCAAUAAAAUCUGAGUUUGAAGACCUUAGGAAGGUAAUGCAAAUAACAGCACUAUUGAAGUUGGAAAACGGCCUAAGUGAUUUAAACAUCCCUGACAGUGUAGUUAAAAUGGUUGAAACGAGUGGAAACACGAGUGUGGACUACAGAGUUACCUCGGUUACUCAGGAUAAGGUUAGAAGAGUGUUGCAAUCAAAGGGGCUCGAUUUUAAGUGCGAAUAUGAAAUAAAUUCACAAAUAUCAGUUGAUUUCAUUGUGUUUCCACCCAAAGAUAUUGGUAUGAACGUACAAAAUGCACACAAACACAGCUUGAACGGCAGACUAGUAAUUGAAAUUGAUGGACCAUUUCACUACAAUUUGUUACUGGACCCUGGAUCAAGUGGAGUAUGUUACAAGGGGGAUGAAAUAGCUUUUGGAAACUUGAAGCUGACACAGAAUGGGAAAACAAUAUACAGAAACGAGAUUCUCAAGAGACUGGGAUACAGCAUUGUUUCAAUUCCCUGGUUCGUUGGAUAUCAAAAGUCAUUCUAUCACACCAUUGAAGACAUAUUGAAUCGACACCUUGUUUUCUAA